AAGGAGCAGGAGAGAGAGAGAGGGAGAGAGAGAGAGAGAGAGGUGAAGUUUGUUGUGUAGCUCUUGUCUCUCGCAUCCCCAUUUUUCAAAUCUCUCUCUCUCUUUCUGUCUUCUUCUCCCUCCUAUAAAUCGAAACCCUUAACCGGAAGAAUUUCUCUCUGUUCACGUCACUCUCCAAAAGCCAACCUUUUCACUCCUUGUUGUAAAGUUGGUCUUCUUCUUUCGGUAGGAAGAGAGCGAUGGCGUUGAGUUCAAGGGGGUUCAGAGCAAAUCCAGAAAACUUUCUGAUUCCGAAGAGAUUGAAGGAGCAGGAGACGAGCCCGGACCGAACCCGAAUCUGGUCGGAGCCCCGGCACCAAUCCUCAGUUGACCGGAAAGUCCCCGUCGUUUACUAUCUCUGCCGCAACGGUCAACUCGACCACCCCCACUUCAUGGAAGUUCCUCUCUCUUCCCCUGACGGUCUCUAUCUCAGAGAUGUGAUAAACCGCUUGAAUGAUCUCCGAGGCAAAGGAAUGGCGAGUCUCUACUCUUGGUCUUCCAAACGGAGCUACAAGAACGGAUUCGUUUGGCACGACUUGUCGGAAAACGACUUCAUCUUCCCCGUCCACGGCCAAGAGUACGUUCUUAAAGGUUCUGAGAUUCCCGAUCGUCUUGUCCAAAACCCUAGAGGCCUCCUCGAAACGUCGUCGUUCAGGGCCCCGAGAACGUUUGACCCAGUCAACUCCCGUAAAGACUCCGACUUUCCGGCCACUGUGGCUCGCCGGAGGAACCAGUCGUGGAGCUCCAUCGAUCUGAGCGAGUACAAGGUCUACAAGGCCGAGUCGAGCACCGCGUCAACUCAUAGACUCGCGGCGGACGCGUCGACUCAGACCGACGAUCGCCGGCGGCGGAGAAUACCGGCGAUGGACGAGGAACCGUCGGUUAAGAGCCCAGACCCGGAGCCGUACGAGAGUCAUAGUACGGAACUGAGCCGGGGCGAGAUCUCGCCUCCGCCGUCGGAUUCGAGCCCGGAAACCCUUGAAACCCUGAUGAAGACGGAUGGACGGCUGAUAUUGCAUCCUAGCGAGGGAAACGAGCGGGGUUUAAAUCGGACGGUCGAGAGCAUCCCAAGCGGGAGAAUGAGGGCUUCGACGGUCCUCAUGCAGCUAAUAUCGUGCGGUACGAUGUCGUUUAAAGAGUGUGGGCCCACCUUGAUGAGAGAUCAAGGGUUGUCGUUGCCCGAGAACAGGCAGGCUACGCUAAAGCAGGGAGCAGCGAAUCCUAGCCGCAUGAGGGCGGUGGCAGAGAAGGAAUUGAAGAAUUUCGGAGGGGUAAAACUGGAAGAGAAGGAGUAUUUUAGUGGAAGCUUGAUUGAGACCAACAAGGAACGUGUUCCUCCUCCUGCCUUGAAGAGGUCGUCUUCUUACAAUGCCGAUGGGAGUUCACGGGCGGGGCUUGCAGCCGAGAAAAAUGGGGAAGAGGCGAGAAAAACGAAGCCGGCAGCUGGGAAGAAAGAAAUUGGGAGCAGUAACAGAGCCGGGCAAUGAGAAACGGCACUAUUGCCGGUCCUGGAGGAAGCAAACGGCACGAAGUGUAAACCAAAGCUGUUAUUUUUGUUUUCGGCCAAAGGGAAAGAAUAUGAGCGAGUGUGUUUUUAGUAGCAUUGUGAAUU